UAGGCAUUAUUUAGGUAGUUUCCCCAGUUUUGGGGGAAAAUAUCUCCUCCGGCUUUAUAUUAGGGUACAUAGCGGUUUAUACGAUGCCCUCUGGACAAUGGGAGACCUGGCACUAUGGGAGACCUGGCGCUAUGGGUCUGUGGUGGUGCGGAGUUACUUGCGAAACACACAUUGUGUGGGUAAAUUUAAUGUGGUACUGAUGUGGGUUGGACUGAAAGGCCGGCUACUGCAGCGUUAAUAAAUAUGAAUAAUGAAUGUUCCUCCUAUUGACCCACGAGUAAUAGGACUCUCUCUUAUUGAAUGUUAUCUAUCAACUUUGAUCUGUGUGUUUGUAGGGAGGGACCUAUAGAUGGGGUUUGUUGCAUUCAUUAGGAGGCAGGAUGGGUGCUUAUUUAUAUGCUCAGUGUAUAAAACGGGAUUUUCAGUAAGAUGAGCUUAAGGGAUUCGUACAUUGGGGAUGGUGGAGGGAUCAGUAAUUAGAGGCCUUGUGGGUGGCUUUUUUAUAGUCUGUAGUCCAAUUAAUGGUGGAGUGCAGAAGGGGGAAUGGAAUGGAAAAUGAGCUGAAAUCAGUUGGGAGGCUUGAAAAUGGUGAAGGUGAAGUUGAAGUCUUCGCUGAAAGCUGUUCAAAUAGCUUUGUCGAAAUUGAAGGGGAGCAAAUUUUAUGAAGAAGAGGAAGGAGCAGCAGAGACGAGAUUUGCGGAGGCGGAGGCGGGAGAAGAGAAAGGGGAAACGGCGGAGUGUGAUGAGUGGGAUUCGAUUCUUUCUCAUUCUCUUAGGGUAAGCGACUCUGAAAUUGAGGUAGAUACGGAGAGGUUUACAGUAGAAGGUAUUUACAAGAGCUUCAAUUCGCUUUACAUCGUUUCUGACAUUAAUUCAAGCACUGCACUGUCUGUGUUACCGGUUCAAGAAGGAGAAUUUGAGAGGAGAAAAAUAUUGGAUGGUCAGGGUAAUCUCCUUUCAGAUGAAGAUAAGAUCGAUUGGGGUUUAAAUGAUUCGGAAGCAGAGGCGGAGGUGCAGUCCAGUACCGAUAUUUCUUUGUCCUUCUGGUCAGAGUCUCAAUCGCAGUCGGAAUCGAGCAGGUCUACGGAUUUGGUAGCCGGCAUUGUGAGAGAUCUCAACACACAGCGCUUCUUUUUCUCACCGCGGAUCUCUAAUUCCAAUUCUAUUCUGGAGGAGGCCAAAGGGCAAAGACCAGAAAGCUCAUCUCAAAGAAGAAGAAGAUCAAGUCAUCAUAAUGUCGUCAUUAAGCCAGAGGCAAAGCCAGAUCCAGAGGCGGAGGAGGAAGUGGAGGAGACAGAAGCAGACACAGACAUAGAGGCAGAGGCAGAGGUAGAGGCAGGGGAUUAUUGUGGAAAAUCAGUGACAGAAGAGUCUGAUAAUAAUAGUGAACACGAUAAAUUUGUGAAAGAGAGUGUGGCGAUUAUGAUGUAUUCGACAGAUCCGUACAUAGAUUUCAAGAAGUCAAUGCUGGAGAUGAUAGAGGCGCACAAUCUCAAUAUCCGAGACUGGUCUUCGUUGCAGGAGCUUCUGUGUUGUUAUUUGAAGCUCAACCACAAUACAGCACACAAAUUCAUUGUGGCCGCGUUUCUAGAUCUACUCAACUAUGCUGUUUCUAGUGCAAGCAAUGCCGCUCAGAUUCAACCCGAAGCCUGAACAUUCAUAGUCCCUUCCCAAAAAAUUCAUUACAGAACAGGGGGUAUAAAAGAAAACUGAAGCUUUUGUACAUUUAGCUGCUAUCAGCUCUGAUUUCAAUGUUAUUGUACAUUUCUUAAUCUGGCAACUGCUAUUAUUGCAGUUCGUAGUUCUUUGCCAAUUUUCUUGUGUAAUAUAUAUAGUCUUUCCACUAUUUCUACGCCCGCGAAAUAAAAACCGUGAAAAUUGAGCACCAUGGAUUUCUGUGCUGAAUUCUGUAAGAGAUUCUGGAACACUCACAGUGAAUUCUACAGAAUUAGUUUCGGCCAGAAAUUAUCUGACACAAGGACAAAAUGUUCAUUAUUAUGCAUAUAUUUGUUGGGGAAAGUAUAAAAUGGCAAACUGUCUCAGACAA